AGAAGUAGAUCAAAUCGAGGCAUGAAAGAAUACUUGUUCGAAAUCAUCAAUGCAAACCCAAAAUAGGUCCAUACUGCUCAAUUUCUCCAUCCAUUCUCAAUCACAAGCUUAAUCUGUGUGAUGCCUCGAUCUAAGAAGCAUUACCUUCGAACGAGGUAGUUACGUUAAUUAGCCGGAUCUUGUUAUCAUGGACGAUUUAAUCGGACAGAUCAACUGCGGAUCAAAGCUAGAUUCAAUAAUGAUGAGGAUGUUGAGAUCUGCCAUGGACAAAGCUCACGAAAAGCUCCAGUUCAAGGACAGACCAAUCGAGUUCUUACACGAACAAACGACAUUCUACGAACUCGCAGCAAUCUUGGUCGAAGGUAGCCUGAAAAUCGUUGAACAAGAUGAGCCUCUGCAGGUUCUUCCAAGCAAGACUAUCUCCGACUUGCUCAAGAUCAGAGAGCGGCUGGUGGGGCGGAUCCGAGACAUGAAACGGCUUAUAAAGGAGAAAGACAGAGAGUUUAGAGAGAGGUUAGAGAAUGAGUUGAGGCUUCGUGAAGCCCUCGAGGUGACAGAGAGCGAAUCGGUUCAACUGUACGAGAAGAUCGGGCCCGGACUGAUGAAGAUGAAGGACUCGGUUGAUGAGCAGGUUCUGAACAUCAAGCAGAAAUUAGAGGAUGAGAAGAUGAUCUUGGAUAGUGAGAUUAGGGCCCGCUCCUUGGAUAAGGGAAUGUUGGAGGAUGAGAGGAAUGAUCGAAUUUUGAAGAAAAAGGCUACAAGGUCGCAUUCUAACCCUAAUUUGUGCUCCUAUUCCUUGUAUUGUGAGAGAAGGGCAAGAAGGUCGCAUUCUAACCCUAAUUUGAGCUCCGAUUCCUUGGAUAAGGAUCGAGGAUUAAUGUUGUUAAAAGACGAGAAGAUGAUCUUAAAUACUGAGAAAAAGGCGUGUUCUUCUAGCUCUAAUCUCAUCCCUUGUUCCCUGGACAAGGAACGAGGAUUAGUAAUGUUGGAAGAUGAGAAGAUGAGAAUCUUGAAUACUAAGAGAAGGGCUAGAUGCGAGUCACGUGCCUCUAGCCCUAAUCUCAACCCCGAGGAACGGGGCCAUCAAUUUUUGAAACAAACCCUAGAUCUCGUGUUGUUUGGGAGAAUGCAACUCACACUAGAAAAGCAAUGGAGGAAGGGUAUAAAGAGGGAGGUGGAGUCGAUUUUGAUGAAGGGCUUCGUGCGCGAGUUUGACAUGGAGCUCAAGAAGAGAGAUGGGCUGGUGAAGGAUUCUUGGUUCGAUUUCAUUGACGAGAUGAAAAGUUUGUUUCAUGAGCUCAAAGAUUUCUUUUCAAGAAAUGAUGUGCAACCCAAAUCACGACGAACAAACAGUGAACCCAAUCUAGACAUAAAUUUCACAGGAAAUCUUGUUGAAAACGAUGAAGUUGGUGGCAGCCACCAUGUUUGGAAGAUCAUCAAGAGCCACGAGUCCAUCAUCCGGAGGCAGCAAUGAGCAGAGGAGCUUGCUGCAAGAGACGCCCUCCCGUCGUCUUGGAUGAAGAGGAACGAGGACAUCAACGCCAUGGAAAGGCUCAUACAAGAUGCCAUAGUAAGGCUAGACAAUUUCACCCAAAGGAAACAUAAACUAGGCAGAAGCCGGUCUCAGGUUCAGGAGAAGAGGAGGAGGAUUCCCAAGCCUCGUAGAAGAAUGGAUAGAACUUGUACAACUAUCCAAAGCUUUGAAGCAGAGAUCAAGAAAGUGCAAGAAGAGAGGGACGGGUUGUGUUUCCAAAUCUCAGUGAUUGAGGACACAUAUCAGCUACUUUUCCGCGGCGUGAUGAAGGAUUUUAGCACAUACCAGAUGAUGAUGGAGAGCGCGAUAAGGGAGGAUAUAUUGGUCCUCGUUUUGCAAGAAAUGGUUAAGCAGUGGAAUCCUCAAAAGGAAUUCAUUUUGCAGGACUACACGGAAUGCCUCCUGAGGGAGGAUAUCCUGAAGAUCUACUUGAGAGAAAUGACCGAAGCAUGGUUUGUUUUUGAAGAAGAAGUAGUUCAGAAUUGGAGAAUGAGUACACACCAAGACAUGUUACAGGACUGCCUCUUGAGGGAAGAAAUCUACAAGACUUACUUAAGAGAAAUGACGAAAUCAGAAGCACGAACGCCUCAAUCGAGGCGCUCAAGGGGAGGGGGGGACGGAGAAUCGAGCUUGAUUCAGAAGGUGGAUUCUCUGCUAAAAUCAGUGGAGUUAGAGGAAGAUCUGAUGCUGAGGGCGAGCUGUUUGAUCAAGGAGCACAGCGCGAGCAACAGCUUAGUAAUCCUAGACUGUGAAGAGACGGAGGAGCGCGACGCCAUCGAGUGGUUGAUAACGGACGACGAGACCACCUUCUGCUCGGUGAGCGAGAAGCUCGAGAGGGCUCUGCAGCAGCUCCACACCACCAAGGAGUUGCUAGCGGAGCUCGAAGAGAGUCUAGAAGAUUCCGACGAUGAUGAGUAUUAUCAGAACUCGCACUUCAACAACAUACUCCGUCUACAAGAUCAAACCACCACUUGGUACCACACAGAUUGGUCGGAAAAUGUACUGGCAAUUAUUCAGAGAUUUAGAUUUUUGGUCGACGAUGUUGAGGUCGAGUUGCAUCAGAAUCUCGACGCCAAAUUUUUCAGGUUGGAAGCAUUGAAGCGUCAAGUUGAUGCACUAACCCAACCUGUGGCUUGGAUUAAAACCAGAAAAUUGUUGUAUGAGAAGGCUUUCAUUUCAAGAUGCCGAAACCUUAAAUUAGCUGAAACUGAGGUCGAUUUACUCGGAGAUCAGGUGGAAACCCUACUUUCCCUGCUCCACAGAAUAUAUUUGGUGUUGAGUCCAGACGCUAGGCUUUUGUCCACCUAUUUUGAGGUUUAUGAAAUACUGAAGUUGAUCAAGAUAGAGUUGAACGGUGGAAGAUCUUCCAACCAAAAUCUUCAACUACGUACAAAACAUUAAUAGAAUUAAAACGUAUCGAUGAAAAAUCAACGGUUUGUCUUAUAAAGGUUGAAAUUUUAUA